AUGUGGUGCCGGGCAUUUUCAGCUACUUUGGGAGGUCAUGCCCGGACUUGGUACUCUUGUCUUUCCCAUCGUUCCAUCAACAGCUGGGAAGAGCUAAAGACCUGCUUCCUAGCCCAUUACGCUCCCUUGAAGCGCCACCGAAAGUCUUCUAUGGCUCUGGUAAACAUCAAGCAUAACCAGAGUGAAUCCCUAAGGGAUUUUGUGGCUAGGUUCAAUGAGGAGGCGUUGAGCAUUGACGAGUUCGAUCAACGGAUCGCGAUGGUGGCUCUCCAGAAUGGCUUGAGGGCUGGACCAUUCGCUCAGUCCUUGGCUAAGACUCCACCUCGUACUUUCAUAGAAGCCCUUACACGGGCUAAUAAGUACAUCAAUGCGGAAGAAGUGAUGAAGGUGAAGCGAGCUGAACAACCUGACAAGAAAAAAAGAGAAAAUGAGAAGAAAAAGCCGAUCAUGGAACAGAAGACGGAUUACCGCCCCUCCUGA